UCAGCUUUUACUUUUCGGCCAGAAGCGUGUGUAAUGUUUAGUGGCGUGGAAAUUGACUGGUCUGGUUGAUGACAUUCCGUUUAAUAAGUUUCUUGUUAUUUUGUGCUUCUUUUUUCUGCUUUCUCCCCAAACCUUGGUCAGAUCCGCGAAUCCAUCUCUACAAAAGCACAACGAACAACGCUCUUUCCAUUCAGACAUUACUACAAACACAUACCGAGCUAUUCUAUGCUCUCUCUCUUUCUCUUUAAUUCCUUCUGUUAAUCAGCUUUGUUGACUCUUCUUCUUCAGUUCUUCGCUCGCAUUACCGCACGCUUCCCUAUUUGUUUAUUUCUCCCAUAAGAUAAAUCCACUGGAUUUGGAAACUAGUGAUACAUUGUGAACUCACUGAAAGUGUGGAAAGAAUCCAGUCAUAAGUCUUAAUAGUUAACACUAGAUACUGUGGUUCAAGCAACAUGUCUACAGCAACCAAGGGUGAUAGGAAGGCCACCCUUGACGCAGCAUCAUGGAUGUUCAAUGUGGUAUCAUCUGUGGGAAUCAUCAUUGUGAAUAAAGCUCUCAUGGCUAACUAUGGUUUCAGUUUUGCUACGACCUUAACUGGCCUCCAUUUUAUCACAACCACCUUGCUGACUUCCAUUCUUAAGGGGAUGGGAUAUAUCCAGAGUACUCAACUUCCAAUUUCUGAUCUCAUCAAGUUUGUGUUAUUUGCUAAUUUUUCCAUUGUCGGAAUGAAUGUGAGUUUAAUGUGGAACUCUGUUGGUUUCUAUCAGAUCGCUAAGUUGAGUAUGAUUCCAGUAUCUUGUUUGCUGGAAGUUGUCUUUGACGAUGUGCGAUAUUCAAGGGACACAAAGCUAAGCAUUUGUUUGGUACUCCUUGGUGUUGGUGUCUGUACUGUCACUGAUGUGAGCGUCAAUAUGAAGGGCUUAAUAGCUGCUGUGGUGGCAGUCUGGAGCACCGCACUUCAGCAGUAUUAUGUGCAUUUUCUACAGAGGAAGUACUCUCUUGGAUCGUUUAAUUUGUUGGGCCAUACUGCACCGGCACAGGCCGCAAGUUUACUGUUAGCAGGUCCCUUUGUGGACUAUUGGUUGACAAACAAACGAGUUGAUGCUUUCAACUAUGGUCUGGCGUCUACUCUGUUCAUCGUUCUGUCUUGCACUAUCGCGGUAGGAGUAAACCUUAGUCAGUUCAUCUGCAUUGGCCGGUUUACUGCCGUAACAUUCCAAGUCCUUGGCCAUAUGAAGACUAUUCUAGUUCUUAUCUUGGGAUUUGUUUUCUUUGGAAAAGAAGGCCUCAAUCUACAUGUAGUUAUAGGCAUGCUCAUUGCCAUAGUUGGAAUGAUCUGGUACGGCAAUGCCUACCACUACCAAAACACAAGAUUAUAGUGCAGUUCCAGUAUCAUCUGAACCUGAUGAAGAGGCAUAGAAAUUUUAGUGCAUGUUCAAGAAAAGAGAUAAAUGUGGGGGUGUAACGUUUUGGUGGUGUUCAUGGCAGGUGCUCUUUGUGUCAACUGAUUCAUUUUUCUUUUCAUCUAGAAGGGAUUUAUUUUGUUAUUGAUAGAAUCAUGCACAAUCAUAUAUCUCUGGUUUUUUGUGUACUUAACUAUAGUGGAAGCUAAGGACACAUUGAACGGGUUCAUUUGCGAAAUAAUGUUCAUUUUUUCCAGCAUAGAAGUUGGUAAACUGUACUUUUAAUACUGGAUUCACAAAAAACGCAAUCCUUAAUUCCUUAUUCACUUUUCAAACGGAUUGCCAUUGUU